AGCUGAUAAUCUUGUUUGGCUGACAAGUAUGGAUGGUCAUAUGGGCUUGGCUAAUUCGGUGGCGCCAAAGUUGGCUGGAGUCACUAAUUUAUCAAAAGAUCCGAAUGGUGGUACAAUUAUGAGAACAGCUAAUGAAGAACCUACUGGUCUGCUGAUUGACGAUGCAACGGAGCUUAUUCUUUCCUGGAUUCCGGAGGUCUCUGGUGAUGAAAGGAGGGAAGCCAUGCUUAGAGCUAGCAGUUUUGCCUUGAUUAGGGGUGUCACUGCAGUUGUUGAUUUUGGGAGAUAUUUUCCUGGAGCACCAGUUGAGCAUUCGUGGCAGGACUUUUCAGAUGUGUAUCAAUGGGCUGAUUCUUCAGGGAAGAUGAAAAUCAGAGUGUGCUUAUUUUUUCCAAUGCAGACCUGGUCGAGGUUAUACAGUGUAAUUCAUAGGGCAGGCCGUGCUUUGAGUAAUUGGAUUUACUUUGGUGGUGUUAAAGCUUUUGCUGAUAGCUCUCUCGGUUCGAAUAGUGCUCUCUUCCAUGAGCUAUAUUUCGAUGACCCUCACAAUUUUGGUUUACAAGUUGUAGAAUCCGAAAGUCUUUUGAACAUGACAAUGGCUUCAGACAUGUCGGGGCUUCAGGUUGCUAUCCAUGCUAUAGGUGAUAGAGCAAAUGACUUGAUCCUUGAUAUGUAUGAAUCUGUUGUCUCCAAAAAUGGAAAAAGAGAUCGGAGAUUUAGGAUUGAGCAUGCCCUGCAUUUGACCCCGGGCACAGCGGCUGCAUUUGGCCCCGGGCACAGCGGCUGCAUUUAUUUCAGCACACGAUUUCAGCUGCUGGAGCAUGCUUUCUCGAGAACGAAAUGGGAUCUCUAUAGAACGGAAAAUUCUCUGAUUUCAUCGUACUGUCAACCGAUUCGUGGGACGACUUUGCUACCGAAGGAUCUGCAUCGAUUCAUUCAAACACGUCGUUAUCUCCGCCGUCUUACCGCCGUCUCGUCCGCCGAUUUCGACUUCGCCUUGCAAGAUGCCCUUGAAUCUUCUGGAAUCGAUACCUCUCACGCUAGAGUACUCCUCCUCCUCCUUUUCUACUGUAAAGAGGAAACUAUUGAGGCCACGAAGGGUUUCGUUUCACAAAUUAAAGAAUUAUCCAAUAUGGAGAGGGAAACAAGUAUUAGUAUAAAUAGAGGCGUUGAUCUCUGGAAAACUGCUCUUUACAUAGCAGCGGAGGAUGAUUCUCUCGUUUCGCAUUCUUCCGUUCCUUUGCCGGUGGAUGCUUUUCUUGAAAGAUUGGACGAUCUUUCCAUGGGCUACUGCUUUCACUAUAAUUUGUCAUGCAGGUCGUAA